AUGGAGUUUGAAGCACAGUCGAUUAAAUUGCCAGUCUACAAUUUUGACACUCUUGUUCAAGAUUGUAAUAAGAAAACAGAAAACCGUCAUGCAGUAGCAGCAACAGUAUUAGCAGUAUCAGCAGUACCAGCAGCUUCAGCAUCUACAGCAGCAUUAGCAGUACUAGCAGCUUCAACAACUACAGCAUCAUCUUCUCAUUUGAUAGAUAUUAAAACAAUGGACUUCCAAAAAGUCAACGCCACUGGUCGCAUGGAGAGAUUUCUACCAACGAAGCCGCUUUCUGAAUUGACUGUGAAUGAGUUAUACAACGUAACUAAAAUAAACAAGGUGCAGACGAAAUAUGGUUCUAGGAUUGUAGUAGACCUGGAUGCUACAUUUACCACUUUUCUACCGGCAAGGUUUUCAAAACUAUUUGAAGAUGACCCUACCUCCUUCACAAUGAUGGAAGAAGCCGUACAGUCGGAGAAGUUGCGAUUAAAAUAUAUUGGAGGCAAACUUAAUGUUAUUGAAUUUGAAUAA